AUGCUCUGGGCCGGUGGAGUUGUCUGCCCGGCGAAUCCGACGUACACUGUUACCGAACUUGCGAGACAGUUAGAGGACUCGAAUUCUAAAGUUCUUGUUACACAGAAGGCUUUAUUGAGCGUGGCAUGCGAAGCGGCAAGACGUGUUGGAAUACCUUUACGCAACAUUGUCUUAAUAGGUGACAGGCAAAACGAGUAUAAACACUGGACAGAGGUGGUAGCACACGAGACAAAUGGACCUCUUCCUACAAAGACGCCCUUGGACCCUAAGCACGACCUGGCGUAUCUCAUGUACAGCUCGGUAUGUGAAAUCAAUGUCAACGCCCUGAAUGCAUACUCACAAUGUCUCGCUUUAGGGUACUACCGGUCUGCCCAAAGGUGUGAUGCUAACUCACUACAACAUUGUGUCCAACAUACACCAAUUCACUCGAAUGGAUCUGAGGAGCAUGGACUGGGAAACAGACUGUCAUCUUGGGAUUCUGGGCUGUUUGUAUCGAUGAACAUGACAUUGUACGCAGGUGUCAAAUGCAUAGUCAUGCCAAGGUUCGGGCUCGAAAAGGCCUGUCAGCUUAUCCAGAAAUAUCGUAUCACGUUUCUAUACGUACCACCACCAAUUAUCCUCGCCCUAAGUAAAGAUCCCGUCGUGGGCAACUACGAUACCGCAACCCUACGAUGGAUUAAUUCCGCCGCAGCACCCCUUGGAAAAGAGCUAGUUAGUGCUGUGUGGGACCGACUCAACAUUGGUGUCAAACAAAGCUAUGGUCUCUCAGAGACUAGUCCAGGGGCACUUUCUCAGCUACCAGACGAGUGGCGAAGGUUUGAAGGGUCAGUAGGACGGUUGAUACCAAAUAUGACGGCCAAGAUUGUAGACCUUGAAGGGAAUGAAGUCCCGCGUGGGAAGGUGAGUAUCACAAAGAUUUUGUGGCUAUUAUGUCGACCAAAUGUGUUUCAAGGUUAUUGGAAGCGUCCGGAUCUGAAUAGCGAUACAUUCACUGAAGAUGGAUGGUUUAAGACGGGCGAUAUAGGCUACGGAUUCCAAGUCGCUCCAGCUGAACUGGAGAGCAAACUUCUUGGCCACAACGACGUCGCUGAUGUCUGCGUAAUUGGUGUAUGGGAUUCUGAGAGGCAUACUGAAGUUCCUCGCGCCUAUAUAGUGGUGCGAGACAAUGUACUAGAAAGUGCUCAGUUGGCAAGCAACAUUUGCGAAUGGCUUGCAAAACGGGUCAGUCCGCCGAAGAGGCUGCGUGGUGGUGUUAGAUUUAUAAAGGCUAUUCCAAAGUCCCAGGCUGGGAAGAUACUACGCAGGGUAUUAAGGGAGGAGGCAAAGAAAGAAGGGCAAAGUUCUGUUAGCAAGUUGUAG